AUGUCUUCUACGCCCCGCCCCAAACGGGGCCCACUUGACUUUUUGGCCCCCCAAACCACAAAGCGUCCGCGAUCACAUGCUACGACACCAGAGCCUGCCGCGGGUGCUGAUAAUGCGACUCAAGUAUCCGGCCCCUCCUCAAGCGAAGUACCUCACGUGGGGCCUGCCGCUACGGUUUCUCGUGAUAUGUCGACUUCACCUCCGCCUCCCAUCGAAGAUAGCCCAAUGCAGAAGAUGGCCCAGUCUUCUCACCAUGAGGCUACAUCUGCCACGGGGUCUGGAGUAAAAACCUCUCGCGAAAAAUCAGCCGACGGGGCACUGCCCAAACGCGUUAGCAAGGCGCUUAAAGUCUUUCGUCAAGGCGUUGGACUAUUCCCGCCACUACAGGUCGCUAUCGACGUUAUGAUAUCAUGUCUCGAGGCACUCGAGAUAGACCCAGGGUACAAGACGGAGUACGAAGAACUCCUACUCGAACUAGAGACGCUGAGUCAGACCCUAGCCAAUCAUGUACAGAAGUCAAACCCUGCGCAUAUGUCUGACUUCAUAACCAGAAUGAAGAAGUCGAUAACGGAACAAAUGAAGGUCAUUGAAAAGAAACGGGGUCAACCUAUAGAACGUAACAUAGCAAAAGCCGAACAAGAUCAGCGCGAGGUCCUGAGAGCAUACCAUGGGAUCGAGAGGGCGUUCCGCCAACUACAAGCCGAUGCGACAAUGAGGGUAUGGAGCAGUGUGGAAGAGCAGACCGCAAAUAACCGUCUCAAGGAGCUGUCCCCAUCUAAAUCAGCUGUAUAUAACUCCACUCUCGCUACCGAAGUCAAUCGCCGAUCGUGUACCGAACACACACGCACCCAGAUCCUGCUCGAGCUCGACGAAUGGUCAGCCGACUCUCAGACACCGAACAUCUACUGGAUGAGUGGCAUGGCUGGCACAGGCAAGACCACCAUCGCAUAUACCUUUGCCGAGACUCUCAGGAAACGUGGGCUGCUUGGCGCGAGCUUCUUCUGCACGCGAAGAUCGAGCGAGUGCCACGACGUGGGACGAAUCAUACCGACAAUCACAUAUCAACUUGCCCGCUACUCAAUGAGUUUUCAAACCGCGGUCGUGGAGGUGCUGGGAAGGGAUCCUGACAUCGGGACCCAGGCUCUAACGGAGCAAUGCGAACGACUGAUCAAAGAGCCGCUAGAUCGAGUGAAGGACGACAUACCGGAUGGCCUUGUGGUGGUGAUUGAUGCACUUGACGAAUGCAACAGCGCGAACGGGGUAGGAACGAUGCUCGACGUGCUCUUCAGAGUCGCUGCCGAUCUGCCUGUGAAGUUCUUCGUGACCAGCCGACCCGAGCCGGACAUCCGCCAUAGGAUAGAGUCCCAGUCCGACCGGAGCCGUUCGAUCUGCAGGCUACAUGACAUCGAGGAGUCACUUGUGCAAGCGGACAUCGAGCUAUACAUUCGGGACGAACUUGCAAACAGCACUGUAUCCGAGUCCGAGGUCAGCCAUCUUGCGAGGCUGUCCGGUUGCUUGUUCAUAUACGCGGCCACAUCGAUUCGGUACAUUCGACGAAAAAGGACUGUGGUUGACCGGGAUCGACUUGAAGCUAUUCUCGGCUCAUCUUCCAAAUCGGGUCCACGACACGUUGGAAUUGACCGGCUGUAUACAACAAUCCUUGAAGCUGCAAUUGGGGAACUAGAGGACGAACCAGAGGAACAAGACGAAAUGUACCGAAUGCUAUGGACGGCAGUUUGCGCUCGAGAGCCGGUCGACGUCGACACACUCGCAGCGCUCGCCGGUAUAAAGCCGACAAGAGCCGACAUGCUGCUGCAGUCUCUGUACUCGGUGCUGCACGUGUCAGAACGCAAGAGCAAAAUCACCACGCUGCAUGCAUCGUUCCCUGACUUUAUGUUUGACAAGACACGAUCGACACGGUUCUACUGCGACGAGGCGAAACACUGUCAGCUGCUGGGCGAACGGUGCUUCAAGGUGAUGGAAGACCAGCUGCGGUUCAACAUAUGUGGUCUGGAAAGCUCGUUUGUAACUGAUAGCAAAGUAGAGAACAUAGAAGACCGGAUAACAAGGUCAAUCUCGCCGGCGCUAUCGUAUACUGCGCAUUAUUGGGGAGACCAUGCGGUCAAGAGCACGCCUUGUGAGGCAGUUCGGAAAGGGCUAGAAGGCUUCCUAUCGUAUCGACUGCUGUUCUGGAUGGAGGGCGAAAGUGGAUCAUCAGAUCUGAUGCAGUCACUGAAUGACUCGUGGAUCUUUGUCUCAAAGUAUGCGGCCGGAUUGGGUUCGGAGUCGACGCCGCAUAUAUACAUCUCGGCAUUGGCAUUUUGCCAUCACUCAAGCUCGGUACACAAACAAUACUGGGGCCGCACUCGGGGGCUCCUUCAUCUGCAAGGGCCUGCAAUAGAACAAAGUCAAACAGCGCUACUUGCAACGUGGUCAGCGCACUCGGCGCCCUACUCGCUAGCAUUCUCCCCUGACGGGUCUCGAUUUGCAGUUGGAUUUCUUGAUGGCACAGUUCGCGUAUUGCAUGGCCACAGCGGAGCAGUUGCUCUAGGACCCCUCCAGGGGCACACCGAAUGGGUCAGAUGUGUGGCAUUCUCUCCCGACGGAUCGCUGCUUGCCUCUGCUUCUAACGACGGCACAGUCAUUGUCCGGGAUGCACAAACGGGCAACUGCAUAUAUGACGUCAUCAGGGAGCAUAAAAGUAGGGUGACGUCAGUGUGUUUUUCGCCCAAUGGCAAGUAUCUCCUCUCAGGGUCCGAUGACGGGACAACGCGGAUGUGGGACAGUGGCAAUGGCAGUGUCAUACCCAACUCCAUCAAACGCUAUAUUUACCGAACCACCUGCACGGCAUUCUCUCCCGAUGGCAAGCAUAUUGCCCAUGGCUUGGUGAGAAGUAGAUCUCCUAUUGUUAUUUACAACGCAUCCACUGGCAAGUCUCUCUCAUUUCCAUUUGACGCUCAUCAAUCCCCAGUGGAAUCAAUCGCCUUUUCACCAAACAGCAAGCACCUUCUCACUGGCCAUAGAUCCAGUGAAUUGCGCAUCUGGAGUCUACAGGACGGCACCGCCACACACUCCCCACCCAAAGUACACAACAACAGAAUCACAUCCAUUGGGUUUUUGCCGCUCGGAGACAAACUCAUCACUGGCUCUGAUAGGUGCGUAUAUAUAUGGGAUGCAGAGAACGGCUACUCAAACCCUUGCCUACUUGGCACACACAACAAUUCGCUUUCCUCCGCUGCGUUCUCACCCAAUGGCACACGAGUUGCAUUGUGCUCAUUGGAUGGCGUCAAGAUGUGGAACGCACUCUACUCAACAUCUUCUCACGCAUCAAGCUGGAAGACGCCAACAAUGACAGUCUAUUCUGUUGCAAUCUUGCCUGAUGGGUCACGCAUUGCAGCAGCGGGUCUUGACAAUGCGGUCUAUAUGUUCAAUGCACACGACGGCACUCCCGCUCUCGAGCCACUUUUUGCACACGCCCUUUGGAUCAACUUGGUGGUGUUCUCACUCAACAGCAGAUACCUUGCUUCAGGCGGUGUUGGCGAUAUAUGUUUGUGGGAUGCCACCAGUGGCAAGCUGCUCUCGGGCCCACUUUGA